AUGGGGGCAAUCGGCUCGCGGAAUGGUUCAGCGACAGAGGCCUCAAAUUCACGAACAUCCCGGGCCAAGCGACACACAGCACUUGGUCUCUGUCAUUACUGUAAGGCUCCUGGUCAUUCAGUAUGGGACUGCGAAGCAAAAAGAUUGGCCGAUUCACAUCGACCAGGUUUACAAGUUUCUCGAGGUGGUAGAAGCAAUGGCUUUGGUCGAGGCGGCGGAUUAGCAGGCCGGGGUGGAAGAGGUAACCCAGGCGGGUUUCAGAACGGAGGUGGAUACCAAGCACCCGCAGCUGGGCACCAAGUUUUCGGAACGAAUCAACCAACUCGCACCUACCAACCCAAUACCCAAAAUCGCCAACCACCUAGUCAAUAUUAUCAACCCAGAUACCAACAACAACUGAACACAGUCCAAGGUUAUAUCGAAGCCGAAUCCCUUACACCCUCAGAGAGUACAUCUAAUACACCAUAUUCGACAAUGUCACCACCUUCGGAUUUAGGUUCGGGAAAUGCAACACCUCCGCAAUAA